AUGGCUCCAUCAACCACUAUGACCAUGUUCGCCGCUGUCCUCAGCCUCGGUGCCUUUGUCAAUGCUGCUCCUCUGGUCGCUCGUAGCCAGUCGGCCACUUACUCAAACACCACUGUUCCUGCUCCUGCCCCGGCUUCGCCUUCGUCAUAUUCCAGCCCACCUAUCAUCCCCGAAGGUUCAGCUCCUGUUGCUGUUGUCUUCCCCGACUUUACGUCGCAAUACAACAGCGCCACCGGCGCGGUCGAUUUCCACACCCCCCGCGGCCUCGUUUCGCGGAGCCCCACAAACGGUGGAGCCGACAUCACCACGCUGGUGACCUUCCAACUCGACAACCAGUACAAAUCGAAUCAAUGCCAACUGGUCUUCGAUCUCGUUGACCCCACUUCCUCGGUCUCGGGUACCGCCAAGGCUCAACUCUUUACCUCCCUUGCUCCAGCAUUCACCGACUCUGAGUCCUGGCCUAACGGCAACCUCCGCAACCAGUUUCUCGGCACUAUCGACGUUGUUGCCAACGGCCGUGCAACUUGGGAGGCCGGCUCUGGUCCCGGAGCCACCGAGGAUGGCUACUUCCCUUGCUCCGCCAUCACUGGCCAGAUCUACGGCGGUGAGGUGGUUCCCCAAGGCGACUACGACUACAUCUCUUGGCCCGCCGGCACUGACGGCGUCAAGAUCUUGGUUUGGUAG